UCGGAUGGUGAGGGAUUGGAGCGCAACUGGAGUGGUAUAUCGCCUUUGGUUAGUGUGAACAGGUACGCUUCGAAGCAGCAUCGAAUUGACAGUAUCAGUUUGAAGACAUGCCAUCGCAACAAGAUGUUGAGUCUCAAUGCAGUCCAAUUGACUUCUUCAAAAUUAUGUACUGCCGAGAAAACACUUCAAGAAGCAAAAUAUGCUUUAGAGAGGCUGCAGUCCGGAAAUAUCAAUUACACAAAGGAUCACUUUGCAUCACAAUGGGAACACCAAAAGCACUGUCAAUUGACUGCUAUGGAAGACGAGUCUCUGCAGAAACUGGAACAGAAGUUGGUUUCCUUGCUCGAACUCGAGGAGAAACUGAGAGAUGCCCAUAACCAAUUGUCCAGCCUACGGAAAAAGCGUCGGCGGAAUCAGACAGAUACUGAGAGAGCGGAUUUGGUGACAUUGCCAGCCUCAAUUGUCAAAAUUGAGAAGGCUAUACAUAGCGUUGCCGAGGAACUUGGGAAUCCAGAAUUUCGUGAUAUCCGAAAGGCAACUGACCCAAAGGCACGUGCUCUCAUCAACAUUAGGCUAGCUAAGAUGAAGCUUUACAAAGCAAAAGUUGGAAUUAUUGAGGCGCAGAAGAAGUGGGAUAGAAACGGGCAGGGUAUGUUCAAUACUCAUAUGAGGAGAAUUAUAAUUUCAUAAAUGAUCAAAUUUAAAUUUCACUCAUGAUGCU